ACACUUUCUCUUUUACUUUCUCAACACCUGUCGUUUAAUUAAAUCAUGUGUUACAUUAAGUUCGUCACGUUUUCCGUCAUACUUUUUUUAAGUGUAAUUAAUAUAUUCACCGCAAGUACAUCAAGACCUCCAAUUGCAGAUGACGAAAUUAAUAAGGCUCUCAACGACACUAGAUACUUAAUGAGACAAAUAAAAUGUACACUUGGAGAAGUACGAUGUGAUCCUGUUGGAAAAAGGCUGAAAAGUUUAGCUCCACUAGUUCUGCGCGGAUCAUGUCCACAGUGUACGGAUCAAGAAAUGAAGCAAGUGCAAAAGGUAUUGGCACAUGUGCAACAAUAUUAUCCCAAAGAAUGGAACAAAAUCAUUCAAACAUAUGGGUCACUCUCGGUCUUAAAUUGUCCCGAAGAGAGUCCACUUUUGUCACGCCGCAGCCAAUGGUUGCUAACUGGACAUUCACCAAAUUGUGAAAAACCAUUACCUUUACUAUGCAGGGUACAAAGGCUAUCAAAAGCACGUUCUCGAAGAAUUUGGCGUGCAGCUUGCGCACAAUUACGUAACGAUAAUAUUUCCGAAGCUGUAGUUGGAAUUUGUAGUGUUUGCAAGCAUGAAUCAAUUUCGGAACGUAAAUCUCGGCAACAGACAACAUAUCCGUUAUCUGCUUCAAUCAGUCGCAAACAAAUGCUACAAUAG